AAGACGCGUUAUUUACAUUUUCCAAAGUGAACUCUUUAGACAACCAACAGUAGACAGACAACAUGGCCACAGUUGACGAGUUUACUAUGGAGGUAGACAGUAUAAACUUGUCUGAAUCAACGCUCUUUACCCAAGAGCGGAAUGACAAUGAUUACGAUUUUCAAAUGACUGAUUCGUUACUCUUUGCUGAACCUGAAAAGGUUCAGGAACAACCAGGUGUAAUUGAAGAAAAAGAAGAGGAUGAUGAAGAAGAAGACGACAUACUUACAUCCCACAUCUCGCAACCGUUCAAAGAAGUAAAGCUAUUCAACGGAAGAACCGUCAAAUUGAAACCAAAAACCAAGUCAGCUACUGUGCAAGCACCUGUCCAAGGGUCAUACAUGGACAUGGACACGCUCUUUAGCAAAGCAAAUUUGCACAAUACCAUCAAGGAAAACAACAGAAAACUUGCUGAGAUGGAAGAACACACACCAGUAGCUUCCACCUCGUCGCAAAUAUGGACAGAAAAGUACCGACCUACGAAAUUCCUUCAGUUAUGUUCAGCCGGGAACGACAAACAAUACCGACUUGUAUUGCACUGGUUAAAGAAGUGGUCGUCGGUAGUGUUCGGAGAACAAGUGCACGAUUCUGACCAUUCUGAUGGGUUAGGAAGACCACAUAGGAAAAUCUUGCUUAUCCAUGGGCCUCCGGGGAUCGGUAAGACUGCCGUGGUACACAUCUUGGCAAAACAGAUGGGAUAUGCCAUUCAAGAGUUGAAUGCAGCUAACAGUAUGGACAUAUUGCCUCAAUCGGCCGCCAAUGGAUCCAAUCCAUACGCCAAUGCUGCUUCGGCUUUGAAAUUGAAGAUCCUUAACGCAUUAACAUCGAAUUCGUUGACGUCAACAACCAGUAAACCUUCGUGUCUUGUUAUUGAUGAAAUAGACUCGUUGGCCAACGCUAACGAUGUGGUUAAAGUGUUGAAUGAUUUAGUCGCUUCUGACCAAAAAGCAUUGAAUAAGAAGUUAAAGAAAGCAUCAACCGAAGAAACUAGCAAGAAACUGAAGAAGAAGGACGUGUUGUUAAGCAGACCAAUCAUUUGUAUUGCAAACGAAAUAUACUCUAAUCAAAAUGGAAAAUUCGGGCCUAACCCCAUGGACAAAUUACGUCCAAUUGCUGAAAUUGUUCCAUUUAGGAAACCCCAAUCAGGGAAAACCACCACUGGUCAGAAGUUUGGUGGAAAUGCUAUGAAAUCAGUCAAGGAUCACUUAAUGUGGAUCAACGAGAGAGAAAAAUUGGGAUUGGAUUCACGAGCCAUUGGUGAUAUUGUCGAUACUUGUGAUGGAGAUAUUCGUGCUUGUAUUAACUAUAUACAAUUCAAUGCUAAGAAAACAGGCACUGCCAAUGAUAGUUCUAUGGAUAAGCAAAUUUCUUGGUAUAGCAUGGUGGAUGAACUAUUCAGAAGAGAGCCACAGUUGAAAAAGGACGAGAAUUUUAUGUUCUUGCUAGACAAGUUUAUGAAUGGUACUGGAAAAUCAGUGGUGAGCAAUUCCAGCUCAUUUGAUAGAGUCAUUAUGGGAAGUUUUAAUCGAUACUUGGAUACAGUUCAUUUGCAAGAUGAUUCAUUGAUACGACCAAGUGAAUUUAGUGACUGGUUAGGAUUUUAUGACCAGAUUUCCAGUAGCAAUAAAGACAAUCAAUAUUCUGGUUUAGUUGGAUUAAAGAUUUGGUCAUUGUUUAGUCAAAUGAACCCCCAAAAGAACGGAGCCAAGCUUAUUCCCAAUGCGAGAAACCUUGAUUUUGAUUCGUUUGAAGCUUUGAAGCAGAACAAGGCUACUGUUAAACGUAUAACCGAUAAACUUCCAUUGCAAACACAGCUAUCAUUAGGUGUAAACGGAGAUUCAAUGGCAGGAUAUUUCUUGCCAUACAUGUCGAAAUUAUUAGCACCAAGUUUAUCCAGUAAAAUCAAAUCUACAUUGAGCGAAACCGAACAAGGAUGGGUUAGAAAGAUCGCUUCUAUUGUCAAAGAUUUCAACUUGAGUUUGUUGAAUGUGAAGGAUAUAGAGACAGGAGUAGUGUCAUUGCAAAUAUCGCCCAAUUGGGAUUCUUUGACAUUGUAUGAGAACGAAUUCACUUUGUUGCCAUCUGCAACCAUAGUCAAACAAACACAAAUCAGAAGACAAAACUUGUUCCCAUUGAUAUCUGCUGAAUUGGAAAGACACGAGAUAUCACGUAAAUCGCAGAAACGUCCAAACGAAACAGAACCGGAAGAAUCUGCCAAGAAAAGAUUUAGAGGUGGUAACAGUGUCGAUUUCUUCAAGGGUAAGUACCAGGAUAUGAACACGCAAAUAAAAUCAGAAACUCCCGAUGACGAUUUCCAACCGGCCAGAAUAUGGGUCAAGUACCAUGAAGGCUUUUCCAAUGCAGUCAGAAAGAAUAUUGGCUGGAAAGAUAUUUGGUUGCCAUAGGGGGGAAGAGGGAGCGUACUCGUAUAAAAAAAAUUUUUUUUGCACCCGUUUGCUCGUUCCGUGUUGGUGCGUGUCGGAUGUAGUCUCGUAUCUGAUGCUGUUGAGUAUCCAACUGAUUAUAAAUAUUUUGGUUCCUCCCCGGACUAAGAAAUGUAAUUCCGAAAUGAAACCACUGGAGUGGAUGGACGACGUGGGUUUUCCGUGUAAUUCGUUCGAUUUUACACUGCGUUUUCGUUUGACUGUACUUGUUCGAAUAAAGAACAAAUCAGAAAACAAACGCUUGGUAUCGUCUGACGGAGAUUUAAUGCCUUUCCAUGUCCGAUCUCUGUAAAUCAGUAUAACUACUACAAAUAAUAUUCGGCUAUGUAGAUUUUAUAUAAUUAAGCGGUUUCGGUGGUUGCAUAUACACAAUCUAUACUUGGUUGUUU